CUUAUCAGCCCCAUCUCUGUCACGAUGUAGUUGUUCAUCGAUUGUUUUAUAUGAUUGCUCUUUCCAGGAGAAGCUAGAUCACAGCAAGCACACCCACCCACCAUGGCUCCCAAAAUCCACAUCAAAGAGAAGCUCUCGCGUCCCGACAACUGUCGGAUGCAGAUCCUCGUCAUCGGUGCUGGUCUCGCCGGUCUAGGGACGACUAUUGCCUGUCUCCUCGCCGGCCACGAUGUCCACGUCCUCGAAGCGACGCAUGAGAUCCGCGAAGUCGGCGCCGGUAUCCAAGUCCUCCCCAACAGCUCGCGGGUGCUCCAGCACUGGGGUCUCGAAGCCGCGCUCACCCCGCACAUGACCCAUCCCCGCUUUUGCAACUUCAUCACCUGGAAAGGCACCCCCAUCUCCUCGAUGGAUUUUCAAGAAUCCGCACAAUCCUACCCGGGCACCUGGUAUCGCGAUUUUCACCGCGCAGAUCUCCAGCGCUGUCUGCUAGAGCGUGCAAAGGAACUCGGAGCGGAGAUAACCUGCGGUGCUAAAGUUGUGGAUAUUCGGGUCCAGGAAGAUGGGGGCCUAGCGACGGCGGUGGCCAGUGAUGGACGCGAAUGGACGGGGGAUCUGGUGGUGAGUGCGGAUGGGGUGUUUGGGAAAUUGACCGAGGUGAUGCUGGGGAGGGAGGAUCCGCCGGUCAAGACGGGCGAUUUGGCCUACCGGGUGUUGUUGUCGACGGAGGAGAUGUUGAAGGAUCCCGAGUUGAGGGAGUUUGUCACUGAUCCGCAGGUCAAUUAUUGGUUGGGACCGGAUAAACAUGCUGUGAACUACGUCCUCCGUCAUGGAGAGCUCUUCAAUAUGGUCCUGCUAGUCCCCGAUGAUAUCCCCGAGGAAUCCCUCGCCUCGACAGUCGAGGGCAAUGUCCAGGAGAUGUGUUCCUUAUUCGAGGGAUGGGAUCCCCGCAUCCAAAAACUCCUCAAACUCUGCCAAUCGGUGCACAAAUGGCGUCUCUGCAUCCGCUUCGGCGACUACGACUGGACGCAUCCCUCCGGCGCAUGGGUCAUGCUGGGUGACUCGGUCCACGCUACUCUCCCCUAUCUCGCUUCUGGAGCCGGAAUGGCCUUCGAAGACGGCGCCGUCCUCGGCGAAUGCCUCUCCCGCCUCCCCAACACACCCACCACAUCCAAAACCUCCCCCGAGUUUCUCGCCGCCAAACGGCACGCUCUGGCGGUUUUUGAAAAAUGUCGCAAACAGCGCACGAAAAUGGUCGUGGAACGAGGAAACACGCAGCAGUAUUUAUAUCAUCUGCACGAUGGGCCUGAGCAGGAAGAGCGCGAUCGGAAAAUGCGCAUGGUGCCGACGCCAGAGGGGGAGGCGUUGGCGUGGAGGGAUCCGGGCCUUGCACCGAGGUUGUUGGGGUAUGAUCAUAUUGCUGAUGUGGAUGCAAAAUGGGGCACAGUGGGGGGGACGUUGAGCCAGACGGUGGGAGAGCAGGCGCGGUUGUAAUCAAGAUAUAUAAAUCCCGCGAAAAGGGCAACAGACCAUAUAUACCAAUGCU